AAUGGCAUUUUCGUCAUUUUGUCACAUGUUCACAUUAUAUGUCGCAAUAUUUUAUUAGUUAGAAAUCAAAAUAUUUAAUUAAUUAUUUCACUAUUGUUUUUUAAACUAUGUGCCAUGGAAAAAGAUUUAGACCUCAAUAUUAUAAAGGCAACGCAGACGUCGCUAGGGAAAUUCGUGAAGAGACCACCUUUAAGCGAAAAACUGUUAAGGAAACCACCAUUUAGAUUUUUACAUGAUAUUGUUACCACGGUCCUGAAAUCUACUGGGUUCUUUAAAGGUUUGUUUGAACCUGAGGAAUUAAUAUCGGAUAAUGUUAAAGACAGAGAUAGCAAAAUAUUGUUUCUCAGCAAAGUUAUAUCAGUCGUAGGUUUUGCUACGGGAAAAUCACUAACAAUAAAACCAUCAAAAAUUGUUGCUGGACAAGAAGCAGAUAAAACGAAUGAAUUACUACAAGCGUUAGCUUUAGCCUUAGAAAAGAAGAUAUCUUCAGACGAAGCUGUAAGACAGUACAAGGAAAAUGGAAAUGUUCAACAGGUACCAACAGAAAAAAAAAUUAAAGAAUCCGCAAAAUCUGUUAGAGAAAAGGAAAAGAAAGUAUUAGAUUCAAAAAAAUUAACGUCAAGAAGUAAUGAAAAACUUACUGCUAAUAAAAAAGACUCGGAGCGCAAGAACAACACUAAUGCAAAAAAUAUCAGUGAUGGCAAGUCUACCACAAAAACAAACCAAAAGGAAAACAUUAAAAAGGAAUCACCAACAAAAACGAACUCGCAACAAAAUAAAAACACAACAAAGGAAGUAGCAGAGAAAAAAGGUACGCAGUUAGAAAAUACAGAUAAAAAUUUCAAAGAUAAAGCUUUAUCUAAAUAUUCGAUCGACAACAACAUAAAAGAUUUAAAUUCUGGUCUUCUAGGAGAAAUUGUAUUUAAAAAUAAUGAACUUUCUGAAACUACUGACGGUCGAGAAAUAAAGCUUCCAUCUACAGUUGAAAAUCAGUUAAAUUCAUCUCUAUCAACAAAAGAUUUCAUGGAAGUUGAAUGUAAGCAACCUGAAAUUGGUGAAACUGCAGAAAACCAUACUAAUAAUAAUGAAAAAUUACAAAACAGCAAUAUUUCAGAUGAUCUAAAUCCAGCAGUUGAUAUUUUAGAUAGCAGCUUGAAAAAUAGUGUAGAGAAAAACGAGGACACAAAAUAUUCGUCGAAAAAUGACAUUGACCAUUAUGCCGAAUAUAAUCUUCAUCAGAAUGAUAAGAAUACAAAUGAUACAGUAAAAGAUAUAACCAACGAAGUAGAAGAAGUUCCGAAAACUCCUGAAAAAUCUGACAAAAUAUUAAAAACUAGACCUCAGAGUGUGCGUCCUUCCUCGUCAAGACCAGGAGCGCCAAGGCUACGAGACAAACAUGACAAUAUAAUAACAGAAAAUGAAAAUCUGAUUGUAGGUAAAGUUAAUAUUAUAGUCGAACAUGCAGCACUUGAAGAGGAAGAAGAUUCAAGUCUAAUAAUAAUAGAACCAGAAAAAGUAUCACUGCCGAUACAAGACGAUCAAGAACAAUUUCAGUUAUCAACUAAGCCACAUGGUCAUUUGGUCCACCAAAUAUUAGAUUCCCAAAAAGAAUUUUCAAAAGUUGCUGGUAAAACUGAAAUAGAAUGGGAAUUCGGUGCUCAAAAAGCAAGAGAAGCAGUAAAUAAAGAAAUAGAGGAAUUGAGAUACAACUUUCAAGGUUUAUCACGAGUCGCCAACCCGUUGGGUAAGAUAUUGGACCAUAUUCAGGAAGAUGUUGAAGUAAUGCGGCAAGAGUUGCAGCAGUGGACACAGACAUACGAUGAAGCUUCGAAAGAACUAUUAAAACAAAAGACAUUAAAUGAAGGGUCUUUAUUACCACUCCGCGCAAAAGGAAAGCAGCUAGAAGUGGACAUUAAUGAAAAAUACGAGAAGAUCAAUGAUCUCAAAGUAGCAAUACACAAAAACUCUUCUAGAAUUGAAAAGCUUCUAGCAAGUGGGAAUGUGCAAUAAGAUUGUAGAUUUUAGAUAAGUAGUUGCUGAGUUUAGCAAUAUUUAUAAGUUAUUUUUACAAUAUUAAUUCUUAUAACUGUAAUAUCUGCAUGAAAAAUAAACCAUUGCAAUACAAAGUGACUU